AUGCUUCACCACCAGCCCCAGAUUCUCUCUCCUCUCCCAGAGAUGAACUCGCAGUCCCCUACCGAUUCUUCCAGCCUUCGUGCUCGCAAGAUGUCGGCCGGUGGAAAUAGGUCCUGGUCCGAAGAAGAGACCCGUAUGCAAAAGAUGCCUUACAAGCACAUUGCAGCACACCUCAAGAAGACUGAGCUCGCCUGCCGCCUCCACUACCACCAGCUCUCUCACGGUAGCCACCGCCGCAAGCGCAACAACUCUGUCUCCUCGACCACCUCGUGCAGCUCUACCGGAACUUCUGCUGCCUAUGGCAUGGUCGCCGAACAGGAUGCCUACUCGCAGUCGUCUCGUCACAGCUCUCCUAUGAGCUACACGGGCAGCCCUCAUGUCCGUGCUGGCUCGGUAUCCAACUCUCCCGGCCGCUCGCAGCACAAGAUUCUCCUCCCCAAGCCUCGCACUCUUACCCCCUGUGGUUCGCCUGAGCCAUACAAUGGUCUCCGCAUUAACACCGAGGUUGCUCACCAGCCAAAGGUUGUCGAUACCGAUCGCCUUCGCUCCAUCUACGAGGCUCGCCGCCAGCAAUUCUGGGCCACUGUUGCUGCUGACUACGGUGCGGAUGUCUCCCCUGCCCAGCUCGAGGAGAUCUGGCGCAGCGGCUCCAACGCCGUUCGCCCUCCUACACCCGAUGCCUCGCCUGACGGUACCAUCAUGCACAACCCCGUCUUCAAGCCUGCUCCUUUCCAGUCCUAUGCUUCCCCUGCCCAGAGCGAGCCAGCCAAGCACUACAGCCCCAUGAGCCAAAACAACGCUAGCGCUAUCUCUGUCCCGGAGCGCAUGCCAUAUGUCCUCCCCAUGCCAGUCCCCUCUUCUGGUCGCCCAAGGUCUUGGAGCUCUGCCCCAAGGGAUAACAUGCCCAUUGCUAGCCUGCUCAACGACGACAGGAACUAG